GGGCGGCUGCGUGGGGCGGUGGUGGCGGCGACUGGAGUCCGAUCGGGAUCGGGGACAGCUUGGGAGCGGGCUGACGGGAACGGGGAGACCCCGAGAUGAGGCAAGGUGUUGGAGGAAGCCGAGCAGCCGGGAGAAGCAGAUGGAGAUGAAGCUUGAGCGUUGCUAAGAGAACUGAGGGUCAGAGAGGUUGAAAGAAAUGGAGGCACAAAAAGGAGUUUCGAGAAACUGAGGGACUGAGAGACAGGGAGGUUGAGAGAGGAGAGAAGCUGAAAACUGGAGAGAUCGAGGGCGAGAGACUAAUGGAUCCGAUGGAGAGAGGCUCGCAGGGUCCAUGAGAGAAGUGUGAUCGCACCGUGAACUUGGGAGAUGUAAAGAAAGUAGAACGAUGAGGGUGGAAACUAGGGUUUUGAGAAAAGUGUACAUAUGUGUGUGUAUGGUGUAUACGUAUGCAUAUAAAUAUAUAUGAGUGAUGUAGAGUAGUGCCUGAUAUGUGUCAGCCCUAGGUAAAUGUUGGCUAUUAUUAGGGCUUCAAACUAGGUGACAGAUUUUAGAUGGAGAAAUGAAGAGUCAGUGAUGGAGAGAGAAGAAAACAGAGAGUCACCAAAAAAAAAAAUUCAAACAAAAUGAGAAAUGAAAAACUGAAGAGGAGGAGUGGAAUCAAAUGGAGAAAGACAGUUGGAGAGAAAAUCAGAGUGAAAAAAGAAUCAGGGUGGGAGAGUAUCAGAGCAAUGAAAACAGUUGGGACCAGUCAAGGAGAGGGAAGAGAGCUAAGGGUGGCGAGCAAGAUGGACCAGAAAAAAAAACAAGAGACCUGAAGAUGGAGAGCCAGAGAGGAGAGAGAGGGAAGUAGAGAAAAAUCUCUAAAAGCCUUGAGCCUAGGAAAUACAGGCCAAGAGAUGGUCAGAGGCACAGUAAGAGAGAAACUUAGUCAAGCCAGGAAGUCCAAAAGAUAGCCUAUGACUAGACUCCUUGAGAGCUGUAAGGAUGCCCCCAUUCUGGCCCACAUACAUAGGGCCUGCAGCCCCAGGAUGAACUUGUGCCCAUCCCAGAGGUCACCACAGGAGUCGUGAGGUGCCCUGUGCGUCACCAGCCUGACCGAUGCUGCAGGCCAUUUGCUCUGCCAACACCUGUGUCGACCCUGUAGCACCACUGAAGAGGAGAUCAGCUCUUAUAGAAGAAAGUGCUGCCUUGCAGGCACGGGCCUCUCACUGCAGGAAGUGGGGAAUGUCCGCGAAUAUUUGGUCCAGGGGCUCAGAACUGAGGCCAGUUUUGUGACAGCCCUGGGAUUGGCCACGGCAUGCCGCCUCCCAGAACAAGGGAGGGCAGGGGUCCCUGGGACCGACCCCGGGCUCCCAGUCCUGAAGCGGCCCCGGAGAAAUGGGACUGGAACCGUCCCGAGACACGGCGCCUCUUCGAGGAUGCCUUCUUUGGCGAUGAGGAUUAUAUCCAGCAGGGUUCUGAGGAGUGUCAGAAGUUUUGGACGUUCUUUGAACGCUUGCAGAGGUUCCAGAAUCUCAAGACCACCAGGAAGGAGGAGAAAGAUGCCAGGCAACCCAAGCACAGCCACCCAGCACUGGCCGACCUGCCUCGCACCUACGACCCUCAAGACCGCAUCAACCUCUCCUUCAUCAGCCCAGACGCUCGGGACUCUCGGGGGCCCGGCAGGCGCCUGCCCCCGGAGAGACUGUCCGAGUUCCGCCGAGCCCUGUUGCACUACCUGGACUUCUGCCAGAAGCAGGCGUUUGGGCGACUGGCCAAACUGCAGCGGGAGCGGGCGGCGCUGCCCAUUGCCCAGUACGGGCACCGCAUCCUGCAGACGCUGAAGGAGCACCAGGUGGUGGUGGUGGCGGGGGACACGGGCUGCGGCAAGUCCACCCAGGUGCCCCAGUACCUGCUGGCCGCCGGCUGCAGCCACGUGGCCUGCACCCAGCCCCGGCGAAUCGCCUGCGUCUCGCUGGCCAAGCGCGUUGGCUUCGAGAGCCUCAGUCAGUACGGCUCACAGGUCGGCUACCAGAUCCGUUUCGAGAGCACGCGCUCGGCGGCCACGAAGAUCGUGUUCCUGACGGUGGGGCUGCUCCUCCGGCAGAUGCAGCGGGAGCCCAGCCUGCCGCAGUACCAGGUGCUGAUCGUGGACGAGGUGCACGAGCGGCACCUCCACAACGACUUCCUCCUGGGGGUCCUCCGGCGCCUGCUGCCCCAGCGGCCCGACCUCAAGGUCGUCCUCAUGUCGGCCACCAUCAACAUCUCGCUCUUCUCCAGCUACUUCGGCAACGCCCCCGUGGUGCAGGUGCCGGGCCGGCUCUUCCCCAUCACGGUCGUGUACCAGCCGCAGGAGGCCGAGCCGACCGCGUCCAAGUCCGAGAAGCUGGACCCGAGGCCCUUCCUCAGGGUGCUGGAGGCCAUCGACAAUAAGUACCCACCCGAGGAGCGGGGCGACCUCCUGGUGUUCCUCAGCGGCAUGGCGGAGAUCAGCGCUGUGCUCGAGCCCGCCCAGACCUAUGCCAGCCACACCCAGCGCUGGGUGGUGCUGCCGCUGCACAGCGCCCUCUCUGUGGCCGACCAGGACAAGGUAUUCGACGUGGCCCCCCCUGGAGUCCGGAAAUGCAUCCUCUCCACCAACAUCGCUGAGACCUCGGUCACCAUUGAUGGGAUCCGCUUCGUGGUGGAUUCUGGGAAGGUGAAGGAGAUGAGCUACGACCCACAGGCCAAACUGCAGCGGCUGCAGGAGUUCUGGAUCAGUCAGGCCAGUGCUGAGCAGCGUAAGGGCCGGGCGGGCCGCACGGGCCCCGGCGUCUGCUUCCGCCUCUAUGCUGAAUCGGACUAUGAUGCCUUCGCCCCCUACCCUGUCCCAGAGAUUCGGAGGGUCGCCCUGGAUGCAUUGGUGCUUCAGAUGAAGAGCAUGAGUGUGGGGGACCCCCGAACCUUCCCGUUCAUCGAGCCCCCCCCACCAACCAGCUUGGAGACGGCCAUCCUCUACCUCCGGGACCAGGGGGCGCUGGACAGCUCAGAGGCCCUCACCCCCAUCGGGUCCCUGCUCGCGCAGCUGCCAGUGGACGUCGUGAUUGGAAAGAUGCUGAUCCUGGGCUCCAUGUUCCACCUGGCUGAGCCCGUGCUCACCAUCGCCGCCGCCCUCAGCGUCCAGACGCCCUUCACCCGCAGUGCCCAGAGCAACCCCGAGUGUGCGGCGGCGCGGCGGCCCCUGGAGAGUGACCAGGGCGACCCCUUCACGCUCUUCAACGUCUUCAACACCUGGGUGCAGGUGAAAUCUGAGCGGGGCAGAAACUCACGCAAGUGGUGCCGCCACCGGGGCAUCGAGGAGCACCGGCUGUACGAGAUGGCCAACCUGCGGCGCCAGUUCAAGGAGCUGUUGGAGGACCACGGGCUGCUGGCCGGGGCCCGGGCCCCGCAGCCGGGGGACAGCUAUAGUCGGCUGCAGCAGCGGUGGGAGCGCCAGGCGCUCUACCAGCUGAAGCGCCGGCACGAGGAGGGCGCGGGGCGCAAGCGCAAAGUGCUGCGAGUCCAGGACAACCAGGAUGGCUGGUCCAGCGACGAGGACCGGGGUGGCUCAGCCUCCCAGGGGGCCAGCGACAGCGUGGACAUCCAGGAUGUGAAGUUUAAGCUCCGGCACAAUCUGGAGCAGCUGCAGGCAGCUGCUAGCUCGGCCCAGGCCCUGACUCGGGACCAGAUGGCCCUGCUCAAGCUAGUGCUCGGCCGGGGCCUCUACCCGCAGCUCGCCGUCCCCGACCCGUUCAACAGCGGCCGCAAGGACUCAGACCAGAUCUUCCACACCCAGACCAAGCAGGGCGUCGUGCUGCACCCCACCUGCGUCUUCGCCAACAGCCCCGAGGUACUGCACACGCAGGAGCAAGCGGCCAAGGGCAGCGAUGGGAGCCGAGACGACAGGGACAAGAUGAGCAGCAAGCACCAGCUUGUCACCUUCGUCUCCCUCCUGGAGACCAACAAACCGUACCUGGUGAACUGUGUCCGCAUCCCCGCUCUACAGUCCCUUCUGCUGUUCAGCCGGUCCCUGGACACCAAUGGUGACUGCUCCCGCCUGGUGGCCGAUGGCUGGCUGGAGCUCCAGCUCGCAGACACUGAAAGUGCUGUCCGGCUCCUGGCGGCUUCCCUGCGGCUCCGGGCCCAUUGGGAAAGCGCCCUGGACCGGCAGCUGGCCCACCAGGCCCGGCGGCGGCUGGAGGAUGAAGGGGAGGAGGAAGAGGAGGAAGCCCCUGUCAACCACAAGGAGGUGGCGGCCCUGAGCAGGGAGCUGCUGCAGUUCACGGCAUCCAAGGUUUCCUACAGCCUCCGGCGGCUCACAGGGCUGGAAGCCCAGAACCUCUAUGUGGGGCCCCAGACCAUCACGGCUGCCCCCAGUCUCCCUGGCCUCUUUGGCAACUCUGUCCCGUCCCCCCACCCCACCAAAGGGGGCUACGCAGUCACUGACUUCCUUACCUACAACUGCCUCACGAGCGACGCGGACCUGUACAGCGACUGUCUCCGCACUUUCUGGACCUGCCCGCACUGCGGCCUGCACAUGCCCCUGACGCCCCUGGAGCGCAUCGCCCAUGAGAACACCUGCCCCGAGGCCCCGCAGGACGGCCCCCCAGGGGCUGAGGAAGCUGCCCCCGAACCUCCCCAGAAGGCAUCUGCCCUGCAGAAGCCCUACCACUGCGAGGCCUGCCAGAAGGACUUUCUGUUCACGCCCACGGAAAUCCUGCGGCACCGGAGGCAGCACGUGUGAACCCAGCCCAUCCCGGACCAGGGCCAAGGCCAGACUGCCGCCCUCGCUCCCAGCCUAGGCUCGGAACUGUGGUCUGAGCCCAGCCCCGAGGUGGAGGGAGCAUAAGUACGUGAAUAAACUCUCACAGAUGGA